AUGGGGAUUAAGUGGACCUUCAAUCUACCGAGAGCUCCAUGGUGGGGCGGUGUAUUUGAACGAAUGAUACGGAUGACCAAGCGCUGUCUGAAGAAGAUUGUUGGAAGAGCCAGACUCACUCUGGAUGAGCUUAUCACCUUGAUUACUGAAGUAGAGGGAGUCAUAAAUUCUCGACCCCUUUCAUACGUUUCAUGUGACGACAUUGAGGAACCUUUAACACCUGCUCACUUGCUCUGUGGUAGAAGACUUCUCAAUCUUCCGGAUUCAUUAUGCUACACCGAUCCCGAGGAAGAAUAUGGUCUCAGUCGAGAACAUUUGGCCCGAAGAUUGGUACAUCUCAACAAACUCCUAAGCGACUUCUGGACUAGAUGGCAAACAGAGUACCUAAUGGAGCUGAGAGACAGCCAUAGGUAUGUAGGAAAAACCUCGGACAAGAGUUCAGUAAGCGUAGGAGAUGUUGUGCUAGUGUACGAUACCACACCAAGAGGAUUUUGGAAACUUGCCAAGGUCACAAAUUUGGUGUCAGGGCAGGAUGGGAAGGUGCGUGGUGCCGUCCUGAAAGUAGCCUCGCCAGGUAAAAAAGCUCUCACAUUGGAGCGACCACUUCAACGUCUAUACCCACUUGAGCUGCCAUCAGCACCUGAACAAGUCGAAGUCGAGCAACCAGAACGAAUUAUUGAAGCCGAGGAAUCUGAGCACGAAGUUGAAACUGCUAGUCGGCCUCCUGUGAGAUCUGCAGCAAAAAGAGCUCGAGACACUGUUAAGGCCAUUAGUAUUCACGAGGCUGACAAUGAGAACUGAACUAUGUGGAACUAUGUAUUCGUAAAUUGUUUUUUUUUUGUGAACCUCUUGUUGAUCAUUCCUGAUCAACUCGGGGGAGUGUUAGAGUUAUUUAUCUG